AUGAAAAAGCUGGAUCUUCCCGGGUCUGCGACGUGCGACUGGGAGGUACACAAGUUUGGAGGAGCGUCGUUGGCAAACGCGGAGCUGUACAGGACCGUCGGUGAUCUCCUCGUAAACGAGGCCAAGGGGAGAGGGAGCGGUGCUAUACCGACCAUGGCGAUCGUGUCGGCUAUGGGCGGCAUGACGGACUUGCUGAUCAAGGUUGUUGACUCGGCGCUGAGCAGCUUUGAGGAGGCGAAACAAGACAUCCAGGCGGCAGUGGAGAGGCAGGUGGCGACGCUGAGAGAGCUGGCUCCUGCGGAGAUCACCGGGCCCAUCGAGCAGAACAUCCGGAAGGACGCUGAAGAUAUCUUGAGCAUCGUUCAGUCGCUGCGGAUGAUCCGCAGCGUUCCUGCCGUGACGAUGGAGGUCGUGACAGGAUACGGAGAGAUCUGGUCGGCUCAGACGCUGUUCGCCUACCUCAAGACGAAGAACGUCCCAACUGACUGGAUCGACGCUCGCAACAUCCUAGUGGUGAAGUCGGAGCUGGUGGGUCUGGGAGAGAAGGGGUCAGCUGCGACUGGAGGAAACGUCUCCCCGAUCAUCGUCGUCACUGGGUUCGUAGCAACGACGGCAGAGGGCGUCCCGACGACUCUGAAGAGGUCUGGGUCAGACUACAGCGCUACCAUCUUCGCGAAGCUGCUGGAGGCAGGCAGGGUGACCAUGUGGAAGAACACUGACGGAGUCUACACUGCCGACCCCCGCCGUGUCCCCGAGGCCUUUCCCAUCGAAUCGCUAAAGUACGAUGAGGCGAUGGAGUUGGCGUACUUUGGGGCGCAGGUGCUUCACCCCAGCGCCAUGGUGCCCUGUAUCGACGGAAACAUCCCGGUGUAUGUGAGGAAUAUCUUCAACCCUUCCUUCAAGGGGACUGUAAUCCAGGGCCGGUCGCCAACUCUCAAGGACACCGACAUGGCUCGCAGACAGGAGGAGGAAGAGGAAAGGAAGAUGGAGCAGCAGAAGGGAGGAGCAGGAGCUGACAAGGUCUUCACCAAGGGAGCUCCUGUCAUCCCUAUCAAGGGCAUCACUUCCAUUGACAAGGUCGCGCUAGUCAACCUCGAAGGAGCGUCGCUGAUCGGGGUGCCGGGAGUCGCCCAGCGCUUCAUGGCAGCCAUGGCAGACAGCAACAUCAACGUGCUCAUGAUCACACAAGCUUCCUCCGAGCACUCGAUCUGCGUCGCCGUCCCCUCCGAGCAAGGGAGCAAGGCCUUGGAGGCGCUGCAGAGGGCGUUCGAGCUGGAGCUUGCCCGCUCGACGGUGAACAGCAUCUCCCUCCUCCGUGGGAUGUCGGUAGUAGCCAUAAUCGGGGAGGGGAUGGCGUUUACGCUGGGUACCGCUGCUACCUUCAUGCGCGCUCUUGCUACUGCCAAGGUCAACGUCCGAGCCAUCGCACAAGGAUCGUCCGAGCGGCAGGUGGCGGUGGUGGUGAAUGCGGAGGAUGCGACCAGAGCGCUGAGGGCUGUUCACCAAGCGUUCACGCUAUCGGAGACGGUGGCGAGUGUGGCGAUCAUUGGAGCUGGAGGAAGAGUGGGAGGAGAGCUGGUGGAUCAGCUGAACCAGCAGAAAAGCGAGCUGAAGGAGAAGCUGGGGCUGCAGGUCAAUGUAAUCGCCGCGAUGUCUUCAUCUAAGAUGAUCAUCAACGACAAGCUGAUGGGACUUGACACGAGCAAACUGCCUGAGCUCAUUGAGAAUGGAGUGCAGACAGACCUCGAUGCCUUCACUGCUGCGAUUGAGUCGGACAUCAACCCGCACAAGGUUGUCAUCGAUUGCACUUCUUCCGAGAAAGUUUCCGAGUAUUAUGAGAAGUGGUUGAAGGCUGGUAUCCACGUGAUCACUCCGAAUAAGAUGGCUGGAUCAGGCGACCUGGGAAGAUACAGACGUUCGAUGGAGCAUGUAAAGCAGGGGUCGGCUCAGUGGCACUUUGAGAGCAGUGUUGGAGCUGCUCUCCCCAUCAUCUCAACUCUCAGGGACCUCCUGCAGACUGGCGACUCAGUCAAGUUGGUCGAAGGCUCUUUGAGUGGAACGAUGUCCUACGUUCUUAGAACGUUCUCGGAGACCACUCCUUUCUCCGAAGCUGUCAGACAGGCGGUUGCCAACGGGUUUUCCGAGUCUGAUAUCCGCACUGAUCUUUCUGGACAUGAUUGUGCGCGCAAGGUUGUGAUCUUGGCAAGGGAGUUGGGAAUCGACAUGAAGGUGGAGGAUGUGGAGGUUGAAUGUUUGAUCCCGAAAGACAUCAUGGAGAAGAAGUACCAGGGAACAAGAGAAGAAAUCAACAACGCUUUUGGUGGUAUCGCAGAUCUGAAGAAGAUUGAUUCGGACAUGUUGGACCGUUUGAAGAAGGCACUCGCAAACAACAAUGUGUUGAGAUAUCACACCGUCAUCAACACCGAGACUGGACGCGCGAGCAUCAAGAUUCAAGAGACCAAGAACGAUCAUCCUCUCUACCGUCUCAAGGCUGACGAGAACUUGAUCUGUUUUCACACAUCUCGCUACAAGACUUCUCCUCUCAUUGUCAAGGGCUCUGCCGCCGGCGCCGAGCUCACUGCUUCGGGCGUCUUCUCGGACCUUCUCCGCCUCAUGCGAACAUUUUGA